UGUACCGCAACGCGCCCCUCCCCCGAUAUAAAAAGUUUGAAUAGCCGUUCAAAUAUAAAAAUGUUGAAGAUUACGUUGCUCCUCGGUGUGUUCGACAUUGUUCGAUGCGAGAUGCAGACAACGAAACUGGAAAGGACCGUAAGCGAAGCGCCGUCUUGCAGUAAUCCGCCCAUGUGUUAUUUACCGGAUACGUACAAGAAGGAGCCGAGGAGCAUAUCGUUUCCAUUUUACCCGAAUUUUCCGAAUGUACACAAGCAACAGAUUCAACGCAGUUACUACGGUGGAUUCGGCUCCACGUUACCAGCUUAUUAUCACCACGCUUUUGAUCCCAUCACCGUGCUGGCGUCACUGGCGUUUUUGGCAUUUCUACUGCAAUCAUUCGCCACGCUUUUUGAACGUUCGAGAUCAAUGCUGCCGACGAUAGUUAGCGGCCGACAAUCGGACUCGAGAGUGCCGGAGAUCCCGAAACACGUGUCGUACGCCUUGCAGGAAUACGAAAAUCUCAAUGAGGACUUGGAGAGAAAAUAAUCGCCUCGACUUUUUACGUGCAUUUAGAACAAUGCUGUUUUGCAAUCUACGAGCG